AUGGGGUGGCGUCGAUACUUUGUUGAAGGGCUCAUUCGAUUUCUGCUUGAAAUGACUUUCUGUCUGCCAUCUAACCUUCAUAAUGCCAAUUUAAAAGGAAUGUCGGAGCUCCUUAGAGAGUUUGCUGAUUUUCCAGAUCGUGUUCAAGUGCUGCUGGAUAAUUCACUUGCCUCCUUCCUCUAUAACGCCUUGGAUUCAUCCCGGUCUCGUCGACGUCUUCCACCGCUGCCACAGUCCCAGCCCAAGCUCAGUCGCUCAAACAGUCGACAGGGUGGCCUGGCCAUCCGACCAAAAGCUAUUUCACAAUCACCUUCUGUUAAUGCCAACCUGACGGCUGCAGGAAUAUCAUCAGGUCUUGCAUCGACGGGUGUCGGAGUUGAUCAAGGAAAAAGAAAGAGGCGGAUUUCGGAGUUACAAAUUUUAGCUGUGUGUCUGGUCUACGCAGUCUACGAGGCGACGGUGGACACUUUAACAGAGACUCUGAGCAUCUUACCGCCUUAUUGCAUCUCUUCCGUCAUUGCGGUAGGUAGAUGCAGUUUUACCAGCACAUUGGGCUCUUCUUAA